GAAUUACUGUUCAUUGAGUCACAUGUCAUAGCAUUUGAUAAGAUAUUAAAUGAUUAGUUAAUUAAAAGUUAAUUCAUUUAAUCAAAACCCAAACACUAGUGCUUUUGUGUCAACCAUUGUCUCUAUUAAGGGAUUCAAUUGCUUACAAAUUAUGGCCGACUUUGGGGUAGAAGCGAAAGGCGUGAAGAAUAUUAAUUUCACGAAUUGGUCCCAGACCUACUCAUGUCAACCAAACCUCUACUUCAUUCCCAAAGAUGUCGAGGAAUUGCGAGAAAUCAUAUUUUUGGCCAAAAGCACAUCGAAGAAGGUCCGAGUGGUUGGCUGUGGACACUCCCCGUCAGACAUCUGUUGCACCGAUGAUUAUAUGAUUAGUUUAAGAUAUUUUAAUAAUGUUUUGAGUAUUAAUUGCGAGACAAAUACCAUAAGAGUUGAGGCGGGGAUCACUUUGACUGNUGUGGACACUCCCCACAUCUGUUGCACCGAUGAUUAUAUGAUUAGUUUAAGAUAUUUUAAUAAUGUUUUGAGUAUUAAUUGCGAGACAAAUACCAUAAGAGUUGAGGCGGGGAUCACUUUGACUGAAAUCAACGCAUACCUCGAUAGCCAUAAACUGGCGCUUCCGGUUUUAGGAUCCGUGUCUGAAGUAACCAUCGCUGGUGUGAUCAGCACCGGGAGUCACGGAUCAGGCGCUAGAUUUGGAGUGUUUGCCGACUAUAUACUGGAAAUGGAGUUAAUAACCACUUCCGGGGACACCAUUAAGUGUUCGCGCGAAGAGAACAGCGAUGUCUUUCUGUCGGCGUUGUCUGGUUUAGGAGCCAUUGGGAUCAUAAUCCGACUGACCAUUCAAUGCGAGCCCGCAUUCCUUCUCUAUGAGUCCAGCUAUCCGUCCACUUUGGAUGAAGUGCUCGAGGACUUGGACGACCAGAUCAACGGUUCCGAUCACUUCCGAUUUCUGUGGUUUCCGCACACCGACUAUGUGUCCGUUCAAAACAAUAAUAGGAUUUACAACAAAGAGAUCACCAAAUAUUCAUCGUCUCAGGCGCUGAGCAAUUGGUUCUGGAAUUACGCCAUCGGUUACUACUCUCUUGAGUUCGCCUAUUGGGUCAGCACUUACUACCAGCCCUUAGUGCCGUAUAUCAACAGAAUUUGGUUUUGGUUGCAAUACUCGCGACCAAAGGAGAGGAUUGAUGUCAGCCAUAAGGUCUUCAAUUUCGAGUGCCUUUUCAGACAACAUGUGAACGAGUGGUCCAUUCCGAGAGAAAAGACAGAAAAAGUGUUGUUGGAGUUGAAGGGUUGGAUCGAAAGGACGCCUAAUAUCUACGUUCACUUUCCCGUUGAGAUUCGUUUCGUCAAAGAGGACGACAUAUACCUGAGUCCAGCGUUUGGUCGCGACUCGACAUUCAUUAACAUAAUUAUGUACAGACCUUAUGGUAAGGAUGUCUCACAUUCCGCUUAUUGGGAUCAAUACGAAAAAAUCAUGAAAGAGGCCGGCGGUCGACCCCAUUGGGCCAAAGCGCACAGAGAGAAUGCAUCGGAUUUUGUGAAAAUGUAUCCCUAUUUCAGAGCGUGGACUCAAGUGAGGAAGCGUUUGGAUCCCAUCAACCUUUUGAUCAAUUCAUAUCUCAACAGAAUUCUGAAUGAGUCGUAAAAUUAGAUAAUAUUAUCAUUUAGUCAUUCAAUGAUGAAAGGAGACGUUUGAUAAUAUUUUUUAAAACAAUUAAUGCAAACAUUUAUAAUUACCGUAAUUUUACUUAGUUUGGUUACAAAUAUAAAUUUUUUUUAGUGAUUAUUUAUAUUGUAAAUCAAUUUUUAUUUGAUUCUAUGCAUAAUAUAUGACAACUAAUUACAAAUUAUGUUGCAAGUGGUCUGUCAAUGGCAG